GGGCUUGUCUGUUGUGAGCUGUGAGCCAAUGGGCUGAGCCAGAGCUUCAGCUUCCUCUCUGUCUCAGUGCACUGCAGCCUGCUGCUGCCUGCCUGUAGACUUAUAGUAGCGCUCACUGCUCUGUGCUGCUCUGAUGCUCACCCACACACCCACAGCUGUUCAGCCUGGCUAGUCCCACAGAGAGAGAAGCAGAGAGGCAGUGUGUCUCCAAGCCUCUACAAAACAGAAUCAGAUCCUUCUCACGAGCCUCUGUGUCCACUGCUACUCCACUGACUGACACAGAGCUAUACUCUAGCAGCGGAGGUGCUGUGAGCGGCUGGAGGUCGUCAUGGCAACCCAGAGACAUGUACCCAGUGACAGUCUGGCUAGAACAUUCAGGUCCUGUGCCAGAAACCCUAGUGAGGUCAUCUCCACUAGACUGAGAGACAUGCGCCACACCUUCAUCCAGCACUACCAGGAACCAUGGGAAGAGAACCACAGCCUAGACAGAGAGAGAGGAGUGAAGUUCUCCAGCCAGACAGAGGCUUUGUACUACAGGGUUCUAGAGGCUGUCAUCAAUCAGGAGAGGAAGAGGCUGGGAUACAAAGACCUUUCAGGCAUUCUGGAGCAUGAUCUGUUCCAGCGCUCUCUAGUGGCCUGUUGUCUGGAGAUGGUCAUCUUCUCCCAUCAGCCACCAGGCAGCUUCCCCCUGGUCAUUGACAUCUUUAGCCUGGCGCCAUACGACUUCUACAAGGUGAUAGAGCUGGUGCUGCGGGCUGAGGAGGGCUUGCUGCCGGGUGUGGUCAGGCAUCUGACCCAUAUAGAGGAGCAGGUCCUGGAGAGUCUGGCCUGGAGGAGAGACUCACCACUCUGGGACCAGAUCAGAGCUGCUAAGGGUCAGGGACAGCUGCCUGCAUACCAUCAGGUGAUGCUCCCCCAAUACUCAGAGGACACAGACAAGAUGGCCAAGGUCCCUCCCACCCCUUCACACUUGACCCCAAGCCUUGUGAAUGGGAUCCAUGGAAAUGACCUGAACUCCCCGAUUACCCACCAUGAACACUACAGCUCACCCCCUGCUGGCUCAAAGACGGCUGCUUGCCCUACCACCCCAGUCAGCCCAUCCCAGUCCUCCUCUGUCAUUGUCACCAUGGCAUCAGCCACUGUCACCACCAACAAUGACCAGUCAGUCACCAUACCGGUUCGAGGCAUUGCCAACGACCGGGGAGCCAUCACAUUUACCCUCAGUGUUGUAGGUCAGCCCAUUCCUCCACAGCAAGUCUCCAGCACCUCUACCCAGCAGCCCCAGAACCCUCUACCCUCUACCCAGAGUAAGGGCUCCAUCUCACUGUUCCUCCGCAAGGUCUACCACCUGGUGAGCAUGCGUCUGAGGGACAUCUGUGUUAAACUGGACAUCUGUGAGGCGCUGCGGCUGAAGAUCUGGACCUGCGUUGAACACUCCUUGGUCCACUGCACUGACCUCAUUCUAGACCGACACCUGGACCAAAUACUCAUGUGUGCCAUCUAUGUCAUGGCCAAGGUAACCAAAGUGGACAUGCCUUUCAAGCUCAUCAUGCAGUGCUACAAGACUCAGCCUCAAGCAAGCAACUGUUCUGUAUUGUCCUUCUGUCAGGUAUUCAGAAGUGUUCUGAUCUCAGGGAGAAACACCAAGACCUCACAAAACUCUCCUGGAGGAUCCAACAGAGAAAACAUUGAUGUAGUCCCCAGCAGUAGCUUGCUUACCUACCAGAGCCCUCCCACCCAUCCUACAGGACGCAGAGCUCCCUGUAGACAGGACCAGGAGGAGAGAGGACACAUCAUCUAUUUCUACAAUACCGUCUAUGUCAAACAGAUGAAGGACUUUGCCUUGCGCUACACCUCCAGCUCUCUGACCAUAGCCGGGGUUGAAACCCCUCCCCUUUCGCCAUACCCCUGCCAGCGUUUUGGAUCCUUGCGCAGACUCCGCCCCUCCAACCACCAUUCCCUCUACAUCUCCCCCCACAAGCCCAGCACACACCCCUCCCCCCGCACUGGGGUCCUCUACAUCUUCAGCAGAAGCCCCUCAAAGAGUCUGAGAGAGAUCAGCGACAUGAUGAAGACAUUUCAGUCACGCACCAGGAAGUGCUGUGCAGCCCAGCUGCAGGAGGACGGUGAGGAGGAGGGUGGGCCGCUUGCGAAGAGACCCUGUCAGGAUAGACCGUCAAACUUGCAGAGAAAGCUCAGGGACUUCGACCAGGCACUGAUGAGGGCCCAGAACCAAGAACAAGCCCAGACCGGGGCCAAGGCACAGCACCAAGCAACAGCACACAAUGGGACGCAUUGAUGACAUCUCACUUUUUUUUACUUACCGUCAUGCUUCAUACUUCUUGCAGGUCUACACUCAUUGGAAGAAUAUGGACAACAGGCACUGAUGAUGGGAGAAUGGAUGCUGUGGAUCUACAAUGUUAGAAAGAAUUGGCAUCAUUAGCACUCAGCGAAGUUCUCUUAGCAAGCAAUGUUCAUGAUUAGAAAAGCUGUUAUAAUAAUAAUAAUGAGGGUAAUGUAAUAAUCUGAGUGUAACUAGGGCUCUGUAUCAAAUAUAUGAUAUACAGCAUAUAUUCAGCCAAAGGAAGCAGUAAAUGAUUUGUGUUGGUACUGAGCACUGUGUACAGUUUGUGUUUGGUGAGAGGGAGGAGACAAUGUUCUCUGGAACAUACAGUAUGUUAUUAGUUUCAAUUUUGAAGUUUAAUUUGUCACCUCACAACUACAGUGAAAUGCUUAAAUUGCAAGCCCUACCCAACAGUGCAGUAUUCAAAAUAAAAAAAGCAUAAACUAAUUUAAAACAAAUUAAACACAGAUAUGACAUAUAGGUGAGCCUUUUAAAAUGAUUAUACAUGUAUCUGUUAGGACCAGAUGUUAGAUAAUCAUGUUUAAUUAUUAUACAGCGUAAUGUAUCUGUUAGGACCAGAUGUUAGAUAAUAUUCUGUUUAAUUGGCACGUUUUUUUCUCUACCAGUGUUAAUUUGUACUGAUCUGUGGUACAAAUAAUUUACUUCUUUGUAUUGUGAUGUUGGAUAAACACAACUCUGUUUUUACAUUUGUCUUGUUGCUUUUUGUGCUAUGUUGCUCUGUCUGUAGGCUUUGUCUUGCUUGUCCUAUGUUGCUCUGCGUGUGCUCACUGCUCAUUGAUUGUCUGUAUUGUAAUUGUUUUUAAUAACCUGCCCAGGGACUGCGGUUGACAAUUAGCCAGCUGGCUAAAACCGUCACUUUUACUGAAACGUAGAUGAAUGUGUACUGCCCCUGUAAAAAUAAAAUGAACUCAAACAUCUCCUUACCCUACCGUCAACAUUACCACAACAUAGUAAGAGCCACUGUGGAAAAGAAAUAUAGCUCCAUGUUGGAUAUAUUGUCACUCAGAGACAACAAGGUCAUAAACAGCAUGUGACAUACCAGUCUUGGUAUAUUAGUCUCAUGUUGAUAUAGUAAAAUGGUUAUUUAGUUAAUUUUCAAAAUGGCAUAUUUUGAAAAACAUCUGAACAAAUGGCCAUUCAGUUUCAUAGUGGGGAAAAUUGGUUUCCAUGACGGCCUAGUGAUUGAGUAACAAUACCCAUACUGUUUAUCAGUAACUAUGUCCUGACACGCUAUGGGAAGUUCAUUCUUAACCGAUGUUGCUUGGCAAGCAAAUCACAAUAAUCCUCUAAGAACCAAUCAGCAAAGGCCUGUCAACUAAACCCUUGAGAGGCCAGUAUAGAAAAUAGAAUCCCUAGAAUGGAGAAGGCCCUCAGACCCAUUAACUUGAAUCGGAAUGUCCGUUCUAGGGAUUAUAUUUCUAUGGUUACACAGGAAACCAGGGGGACCUGCUUCCACAACAGUCCUGGAGGGUUUAAGGUAAAGGUCAGCUUGGUAAUAACUUCAGAUGCUUUUCAGACUUCAUCAACAACCAACAACCUCAACAGGACGUCUGUUUUAAUCAGUCUCCCACUGGACUGAACCAUGGGGUGCAACACCAGCAGGGAUGCUGUCGUGGUAGACCCUUCUAAAAAGCCAGAGACCAGACCAGCGUCGGCCAGCUCGACCAGUAAGGCCACCGCUGAGGAGACUAAAGAAACUACAGAGAAAGACAAAGAUGAAACAGAAGGCAUAUCAAGCUGCGACUGACCUCCAUCUUUCUUAACCCAAACUCCUCAAAAUUGGCCUGUCUGCAGGUGAAGGAGAUGGUCUCUCUCUCUCUCUCUCUCUCUCUCUCUCUGUGUGUGUACAGAUUGGCCUGUCUGCAGGUGGAGGACCUGCCUGCAGAGGAAGGCAAUGCUGCACAACUGUCCAUCAACCCCUGUGUCAUCUGGGACCAGACCAGCCACACACCCCGCUCCACUCUGUGAUGUAACCUACCAGCCACAUGCCCCGCUCCACUCUGUGAUGUAACCAACCAGCCACACGCCCCGCUCCACUCUGUGAUGUAACCUACCAGCCACACACCCCGCUCCACUCUGUGAUGUAGACCUACCAGCCACACGCCCCGCUCCGCUCUGUGAUGUAACCAACCAGCCACACGCCCCGCUCCACUCUGUGAUGUAACCUACCAGCCACACGCCCCGCUCCACUCUGUGAUGUAACCAACCAGCCACACACCCCACUCCACUCUGUGAUGUAACCAACCAGCCACACGCCCCGCUCCACUCUGUGAUGUAACCAACCAGCCACACACCCCGCUCCACUCUGUGAUGUAACCUACCAGCCACACGCCCCGCUCCACUCUGUGAUGUAACUAACCAGCCACACGUCCCGCUCCACUCUGUGAUGUAACCUACCAGCCACACGCCCCGCUCCACUCCACUCUGUGAUGUAACCUACCAGCCACACGCCCCGCUCCACUCUGUGAUGUAACCAACCAGCCACACGCCCCGCUCCACUCUGUGAUGUAAUCAACCAGCCACACGCCCCGCUCCACUCUGUGAUGUAACCUACCAGCCACACGCCCCGCACCACUCUGUGAUGUAACCAACCAGCCACACGCCCCGCUCCACUCUGUGAUGUAACCUACCAGCCACAUGCCCCGCUCCACUCUGUGAUGUAGACCUACCAGCUACACACCCCGCUCCACUCUGUGAUGUAGACCUACCAGCCACACAUCCCGCUCCACUCUGUGAUGUAACCAACCAGCCACACGCCCCGCUCCACUCUGUGAUGUAACCAACCAGCCACACGCCCCGCACCACUCUGUGAUGUAACCAACCAGCCACACGCCCCGCUCCACUCUGUGAUGGAACCUACCAGCCACACGCCCCGCUCCACUCUGUGAUGUAACCAACCAGCCACACGCCCCGCUCCACUCUGUGAUGUAACCAACCAGCCACACGCCCCGCUCCACUCUGUGAUGUAACCUACCAGCCAAACACUCUGCUCUGUGAUGUAACCCACCAGCCACAGGUUCCUUACUCUGUCUACUGUUGCUGGUCCAGAACACUCUCUCUCUCUCAAUCUCUCAACUGGACCUUCAGGGCCCACAGUGCCAUGUUUAUAUCCUGUUAAUGUGCCAGUAUGGUCAUUGUAACAACAAUGAGACAUGGUAGUAAAUGUAUAGAUUCAAUCUGA